CGCUAAGUUGUUCAUUUUUAAUUGAAUAGUGCAAUUACUCUUUUCACAAGUUCUAACUCGUAAUGACGUCAACGGAGUUUACGGACUUGCGUUCGUGCGGUUGUUGCUUGCUGCGCGCUUCACAAGUAUCCGACUCACGUAUAUUCGGCGAUAUCAACACGAAGAUACACUGGAUUAUGCUGAAAGAAUGCUUCAAUAUACAAGCAAUUGAGGCUUCGGAAUAUGGGAUCUGCCAGAAAUGCGUGUACUGUUUACGAAAUGCAUACAGCUUCAAGCUGCAAGUGCAGCGGAGUCAGGCAGAGCUGGAAUUGCAGCGUAGCAAGGCAGAGCUGGAAAUGCAGCGCAACCAGGCGGAGCUGCAGGCGCGCUUGAAGACUCUACUAGCUAAAGAUAGCUUAGAUAAAGAACGUGACGAGUUGGAGGUUGAUUACAGGAUGAGUGAGGAUAUAGCAGAAAUCACCGAUCCGCUGUUGAACGUUGACGUGAUCAUAAAGUUGGAGCGAGAAGAGUCAAUCGCUGACUCGACAGCCGGCGACCUUGAGCAGAGCCCGUUGAUCUCAAGCGAACAAUACCCAAGGGAUUGCUUGUUGCGCGGUAAUACUGGCAUAUACGGCUUCACACAGGCGACAAACCUUACCGCUGCGAUGACUGCGAAAAAUCGUUCAAGCAACUGUCCCAUCUACAAGAACACAGACUGA